UUGGCUGUGAGUCAGCCUUGGUGCAGGAUCUGAUCCGGAUUGUGGGAUGGUAUUUAUGAAACAGACUGAAUGAAUCGUUGUCCGUGUUCAAACACUUGUCUCGGAAAAUCAGACCUCCAAUAGCGUCUUAAAUGAAAGAUUGCAUCGCUGAUGAACACAGGAGGACAACGAGCCUAUUGUUUUUACAUUUCCAGCAGCUGACACGUAAAACCUCAUGUCGCCUGAAAAACGGAGCAGCUGGCACGGAGCGCAGAGGAUGAAGACGAUGCUGAGGCUGUGGAGAUGAGAGGUAUUAAUAGGAAGGCUUGAGUGUCACAGACUUUCACUGUCGAGACCGGUGGGCUUGGUGGAGUGUCGGUGGACCGGGUUUGGGGGGGCUUUUUGAUCCAGACUGCGCAGUUGGACUAAGAAAACCAACAAGGAUUCACUGCUUAUCAAAGAGGCAACAUCAUGGAAGUGUUAUCAGCUCUUAAUUUGGGCGAUUUUGCCCAAGUAUUCUCCAAAAUGGGAAUGUUUCCUGUGUUUGAUGUCGCUUAUUACAUCGUGUCCAUCAUCUACCUCAAGUAUGAGCCAGGCUCAGUGGAGGUUUCUCGCAGGAGUCCCGUGGCCUCCUGGCUCUGCGCCAUGCUCUACUGCUUUGGUAGUUACAUCCUGGCAGACAUCAUGCUCGGAAGCAGCCCCAUUGACUAUUUCCAACACAACAGCCACAUCCUGCUGGCUUCAGCUGUCUGGUACCUCAUCUUUUACUGCCCGCUGAACCUCUUCUAUAAAUGUGUGGUUUUCCUGCCCGUCAAGCUGGUGUUGGUUGCCCUGAAGGAAGUCGUCCGUACUCGUAAGAUUGCCGCCGGUGUUCACCAUGCCUUUCACGCCUACCACCACGGCUUCUUCAUCAUGGUCAUCGUGGGAUACGUUAAAGGGUCCGGAGUGGCUCUCAUUUCCAAUUUUGAGCAGCUGCUGCGUGGUGUGUGGAGGCCCGAAACCAACGAGAUCCUCAACAUGUCAUUCCCGACCAAAGCCAGUCUGUACGGAGCCAUCCUCUUCACCCUGCAGGAGACUCACUACCUGCCAGUGUCCAAGAGCACCCUCAUCCUCGUCUUCACCCUCUUCAUGGCCACAAGCAAGAUUGUGAUGACCGCCCGACACUCUCACGGCUCCCCUUUCGCUCUCAUUGAGUCCUGGGUUUGCCACCUGCUGUUCGGCUCUCCUCUGGGUGGAUCUGAGGAAGACCAUCAUGCUCCCGCUGCCCCAUCUUCACCUCUCAAAACCAAGGAGGAGCUGAGCGAUGGUGCACGCAAGAGGAAGGCCAAGAAAGCUGAGUAGGAUGUCGUGUUGCCAGAGUGAAAUUGCAUCUGACUCGCCCCCAUCAUGGACUCCAUGUGAUGGGACUUCCCAUUCCUUUCCAGGGAAAGGGGCAGCUUGAUGUUUUACCAAAUGAGACCCUUUCUAUUAGAGUAAAAUGGUGCUUUCUGCAUUUUACACAGCACGAGGACUCUGUAAAUACCAUGGCAAAUGUUUCACACUUCAACCCAACCUGGACAUUUUAGACCUGUUUAUUUAUGUGUUUUUGUGAACAUCUGCAUCUGUGCUCAACACUGUGUGGUGAUCCACGUGUAGGAGCUGCAUGGGCCUCUGUUCCACAUCAGUAGUUGUGUUACCGGGUGUCAGUGGUUUUCUUUAAGUCCACCAAACCUUAUUUCAGUUCAGAAAGAGCUAGAAAAUACUAAUUUAAUCAGAAAUUAUAAUGUGAAUAAAGCAUUAUGUGAAAGAACACUGCUGCUUUUUACAUUAAGAUGAGGACAACUUCAUGUCUUUAAAUAAAAUCAAGAGAAACAUUGUG